UAAAUUUGGCCUUGUGUCUUCUGAUUUUUUUUCUCCUGAAAGAAGUGUUUUUAACCCCAGUUUGAAUCAGAUGAUUGAAAAGGUUUCCCUUUUCUUUCUUUUUUUUUUUUUUUAAAAAGGUAGUUUUCUACAUUAUAAAAGGGAAACAGCAGAUUUACUUACUUAGCAAAGCAGCUUAAACAUCUGCAAAAUAAGACUGCCAACUUUCUGUUCACCAGCUGAAGGCUUUUACAACUAUUUAUAUCCUUAUGUUUUGACUUUCCUCCCACACUAUGGAAAAAGGUUCCCUGCAUCACUGUUAAAUGAACCUCAGGUGGGAGGAGGAGUGGACAAGUAGCAGCUGCCUGCAUAAAGAGGGUGAGUAGAGGACUUGGUUAGUUUUUUGCUGGGUUGUAAGUAGCAGCAGCAUCAGCAGUAUUGGACAUGAGUGUUUGGGCCUCUUAAGGGGGGGGAGGGGAGGGGGUGGGAAUAGCUUAGAGGGGAUUUUGUUUGAUAGUUUGGUUUGGCGCUUUUUUUUUUUUGGGUUUUUUUUUUUUUUUUUUUUUUUGUUGUUGUUAUUGUUGUUUGGUUUUUGGUUUUUUUUUUUUCCUGUUUUGUUUUGGUUGUUUGUUUGCUUCCCAGCACCUCUCUCCUUCUCAAAGGUUAAAGUGGUUCUUUGGCCUGAGGGAGUCUACAGGCUUUUUGGUGCUUUCAAGAGCUGCACAGGCCACCUGAGGUGGCAGUGAAGAUGCCUCCAGUGUUCCUAAAACAUUCUGAAGCUCUAGGCUGAACUGUGUUUGUAACAGGUCUCAAAAUAAUUUUUUUUGUAACUUUGAAGUGCUUGAGUCUUCUAAAGAGCUGAGCUUCUAGGUUUUCUGAUUUAUUAUAGUCUUAUAAGCUAUGUGUGAUAGUGUUACAUUGCUUGCAAGUAUUAGUUAACUGAGGAGGCAUCUAAGUGUGGGAGGAAGUUCUGUCUUGUGAAUUUUAUAUGGCUCUGAAUGCAAAGUUGCGCAUAAGGAUUUUGGUGGGGUUGUUUUUGCUACCUAUCAUUUGGUUUAAGCGUAGGAAGCAGGGUGUCACUGAAAUACUAGGUUUACUAUGUUAGCUGCUGUUGUCCUUAAGUAUAGUAUAAAUUACAAAUCCUGACUUGAGUUCUUAUUGUAAUGUGUAACAAUGCAUGCAUUUGCAUUAGGAAGUGCUUUCUUCAUGAAGCAUUAAGCAUCUGAUUUGUGGAGCCUUGUUUGGUUUGGGUUUUUUCCUGGGGUCCCCCCCAGCCUUUCUUUUUUUGUGUGUGGCUUCUUGUUCAAGGCUAAUUCACUGGAGGCUUUUUUUUUGUUUAAUUGGCUGGAAUACUACUUAUGGAUAUGUAUGUGCCUAAGACUACUGAAGUCCUGUAGCUUUAGAGCAUGUUACAAGGUUGCCUUGAAGGACAAAUAUUGAGAGCUGUGUACAAAAGCUUGCUUAGCAAAUCCUAGCUGAAAUAUUUGACCUUGAUAACAAUGCCACUUCUCUACUUUCUGUUUGGAACACAGCAGAUUUCUUUUGGAAGGAUAUGUUUUCUUUGGGCAGGGAGAAGAAUGUCUACUUAAUUCAGGCAGAGUAUAAAAAUAAUUAACUCAUACAGUUUUAAAGGUGGUUGAUAAUGAUCACUUCUCUCUUUCAGUGUUUAAGGAACAAUGAAUACUGCCUCAACUUCAGCAAGUGGAUCAUGUUCCACAAACCAUCCAAGAUUCUUUUUUUAUGCACAGACAUCAGCUAAACGGCCUUAUCCAAAUCCAUGGUACCUCAGUUAUGCAUAUCGCCCAUACUGUUUAUCUGCUCCAGGCUUCUCAAGUGGAAAUCCAUAUUGUCAAUUUUAUUCUGUUGCACUCCAUGAAUCCCCAGGAUUUCUUAUUCCACAGCAUCUUGUGCAUGCAAGAAUUAAUAGAAGGCCUUACUUUAAUGCUGUCCCACCUUCCCCUAUGUCUUGUCGUGCAACAAGAUUUAGACAUUAUAAUAGCCCUGGGAAGAAAAUGGAGACAAAAGAAACACAGACCGAUCCUAGACAGCCUGAAAACAAGCAAAAAAGACAGCAAGAUAUCUGUACAGAAAUGAAAGGUUGUGAUGCAGAAAAUAUAGCCCGUGUUUCUCCUGGUAUAGGUACAAAGACUGAAAGUACUUCAGAGAAACAAGAUUCAUGUAGGUCUUCUAUUGUAGUAGACAGAGAGUUUCACGAUAAGAACCCUGCCACCUCUACACAGUAUAGAAAUCUUCCUACUGGAAGCUAUGCCUUUGAGAAGGAAGAAGUGAGGAUAGAAUACGGAAAUAGUUCUCCAGCUAUUCAGCUGUGGAAGUCCUUUAAAGAAACAAUCCCGUUGUGUGAUGUAGCAAGUAGUAAAUCAGUUCCAGAGAAUAUAGUGCCACAUUACUUAUUUUCUGCUAGCUCAUGUGAAGGUAUGAUAUAUGGCCCUCAUGAAGGGGAGAAUAGGCUGCCAGAAACUUCCUUAGAUGGGAAAAAAGCUGUUGUCACCUCCAACCAGGAUGCUGAAACUGUGCAAGAGAGAGAUGUCCAAAAUAAUGAAGUGAAGCUGGAUGCAGAAAAGCUGUCAAAAUCUCUUCCAGGUGAAACCAUGGCAGUGCAAAUCACAGAGUUGGCAAAAUCCAUUGGCAUAGAUCAACCAGUGGUAAUAACUAAGAAGUCUAGCACUAAAAGGUCUGCACAAUCAAAAACUUCCCAAGAAGAGCCCAGCUUUAUUCAAGCAGGACUAAUUCCAUCUAAUGUGGAGGUAAUGAGUGACUUUCAGCAGAAAAAGCUGAAUUUAAGCCACAGUGCAACCAACAAAAGUCAGACAGAAAAAAGUACUUGGUGUGAGAAAUCAAUUGAGAAGUUUGCUCCCUCAAGCAGCUGGCUGGCCUGUUUGGACAGUAUGGACACAAACGACAAUGUUUGUUUUCCACAAAAGAAGUGUCAAAGUGUAAUCAGUCUGUCUUCUGAUGACAUGUCCUCUAGAGAGGAAGGCUCAUCAAUCGAUAGUGUUCCAGUGUCUUAUUUUGUGCCUGACUAUGUGCUUCAGAAGAGCAUGCAUACCUUUCAGAAAAGUACAGAGGGUUUAGAGAACAAGGAAAUCAAAAGUGGUGGAUCCCUUAAUGUAGAUGAAGUGGUAGGAAAGGAGCAGGUGAACAGCUCAAAUGACCAAGAUUUCAACUCUUCAAAAACAAAGACCAAAGUGGCUUCCAGUAAAGGUAGAAAGCUGGGAGCCCUUCCUAGGUCCUCUAGUAGGAAAGAAAUCUGUUUUCUCAACAAAAAAGCAACUAAGAGUUUAUCAGAAGUUGAAGACUCUGAAAGAUAUUCUGUGAAGGGAGAAGAGGAAGAAGAUGAAGAGGAUGAGUACGAGGAGGAAGAGGAUGAUGACAUGAAUGAAAUUGAGUAUUUCUUUCAAGAAGCCCCUCCAUAUGGCAUCUUGAGGCCAAGAAAAGGAGAUUUCUAUGAAGUUGGCCAGAGAGUGCUUUGGAAAUCACCUAAAAAUGCUGUACCAGCACAAUUAAUUAGCUGGCCUCCUCAAGAGAAAAUAAAAACUAGGAGUGGGGUUGUUGAAAGUAUUGGUGUAGUUUGCAAGCCAAAGAAGAGAGAACAAGAUGAAGUUGUAUACAGUGACCAUGGGUAUUAUCGAAGAAAGAGGCCUAUGACAAAAAGAGAAGGACUUGAACACCAGCGAAUGCUACGGAAAUUCUUGGGAGGAAGGCUGUUAAAGGAGAACAUGGGGAUACCACCUGAAGAGUACUGGAUUAGAAGUGGUGCUAAACCCAGAUUUACCAGCCAAAUACGUGGUAGUUUCUCACCCCCAGCAAAGAGUAAAGAACAAGUGUGCCCAGUUUUGGUUAUACCAAAGAAGAGAAGAAUGUGCAAGCCACCUUCAAAACACAGAGACACGAGAUACGAGGUGGAAGAAAUGGAAAUGUGGGAGCUGCCUAAACACAGUGUACAUAAAGGGCAUUGA